ACGCACGCAAGCACGGCAGUGUUUUAAAACCGUAAUAAGCGAUCAGAGGCGUUUGUGUAUUUGUGUGUGUGUGUGUGUGUACACACGAGUGAUUCAAAAGCAACUGCGCCAUCUACAACCACAGAAUAUGGCCGACAUCGAACAAAAAAAGACAAAUGCGCGUAUGAGCGAAACGAGCGAUGACCAUUCUGAGAAUGCUGACUUGGAGUUGGAAAAACCCAAUGCCAGCAUGGGCGAUGCAGAGUCGACGCAGCACGAUGCAGAGUCGACCCAGCACGAUGCAAAGUCGACGCAGCACGAUGCCGAGUCGACGCCACACGACGCCGAGUCGACGCAGCACGAUGCACAGUCCACCAACCGCGAUGAAGAGUCAACAGAGCGCGAUACAGAGACGACGCAGCGCGAUGCAGAGUCGACGCAGCGCGAAUCAGAGUCAACGGAGCGCGAUGAACACCCAGUGAAUGUAGAUGACUCAGAGUUGAAAACGGCUAAUGCCAGCGUGGGCGACUCAGAAGCGGCAGAAGGUCAACCUGAACCUGUGAAGAAGGAAUUCAAUUUAGAAACAGCUGAUGCCAAUGAGGUAAUGGAUGAGAUCAUUCGCGUCACGCAGGUCAACUACGAAUAUAUGAAACAGAGAGUGGCGAAUCCGGGCCCAGUCGGUCCUAAUGGGGAGAGUAUGGCUGCAGAAAUCCUGAGGAAGUAUGAAGAAAAGGAUGCGUUACUGGACUUAUACUUUGAUAGACUGAAGACGCUGUUGCAGGAAGUUACGCCAGGUUUAACAGAGCUGCAAAUUCAGCAGCGGCAGCUUGCUGCAACCAGGAAGCUGAACAAUGGCAUGAUAUUAUUUUAAACUCACUUUUUGAUCUAACAAACUAUACACAACAUACCUAUAUAUAGAUAUAUUCACAUCACUGUCACUAUAACUUCGAUAAAAAUACCAAGCUGAUUUUAAAACGAAUAGGUACAUGUAAUAAACUGAUAAUGGCAGACACAACCUCUUUAACGGUAUAUGUGCCACAGCAUUUUCCAAAAACGUUAAAUAUCUAACCGCUCGCCAUAAAAUGUAGUAAAUCGAGACGUCUCUCGAUAUUUAAUAUCAAUAAAUCGUCGAAAGUAUAUCUUUCAGACUACUGCAUACAUACUCAUUGCCUACAUAUCUACCUUCGAAAGAAAAAUGUAGUUAUAGUACUAAACUUAAUAGGACGUCUAGUAAUACCAUACAGGCUAUACUUUAAUAAUAUAAGACACAUAAUUAUUAUAUGUAAACUCUGGGUGGCACAUCGUUGCAUCGAUGUGAAUUUUGUAUGUUAUUCGUAAUUACCCCUUAAUAUACUUAAUGAUUGAAUAUCUUUAGGCACAAUUAGUUAACUGAUAAACGUCUACUCCUUUGUGUCUUUGUUUCUCUUGUUUUACUUCGGAAGUUACCAUCAAUCUUUCAAAAGGGGUGUGCCAAAAUGUUGGAUUAGAUUGACUGGAAAUGUGAGACUAAGUGUCUGUGUCUUAAUUGAACUAAGGCUUUUCGACUGAUGUUAUUGGGAAAACUCAUAUUGCAUUUUACUAAAUGAUUAUACUCUUGUCUACAAAAAAAUAAUUUAUUAACGUAUAUAAGCAUAAGAAUGCGCCUCAAAAACAUAAAAAGGCCGUCUUUGUUCAAAACACGUUUUUAAAAAUUUUGUACUAUUAUAAUUAUAUUACAAUUGUCAGUAGAUUACAAUAAGUAUUUGAAAUGAAUUACACAUUUGACUGUCAUGUUUGUCCAAGUUCAUUGUUAUACAGAGUGAAUUGUUAUUAGGGGUAUGAUCUCCUUACAUUAGAAAUUUAAAUAUUAUAAGGGAUAUUUGUCUUUAAAUACUUUGACGCACAGUAGGAUUUUCUCCUGUGUCGUAGGUGCAUUUACAAACAUACAAUAUCACAUACACAUGACACUCAGACCCGAAACAACAAUUUGUGGAUCGCACAAAGAGUUGCUCCGUGUGGGAAUCGAACUCUACACGUUACGCUGCAGCCGGCUGUCCAGCCACCGCGCCUACCGUGCAGUCAUUGAUAAACAUUUGGGUAUAAGUUGUGGAAUUUCAAAAGUAAACUUGUAAGUUGAACCUCAUUACUUCUUUGGUUCAUUGUUUGUCUAAUAUCUUUGGCAUUAGUCCAGGUAUGCCGAAGUUGUAUACCUCAAAUGAAAGUUUAGGACAUAUAAUUAUUUUUUGUAAAAAGUCCAAAACAAGUGUCAUAAUAUACUUAUGUUUGAGUAACAUGAUCUGUGAAUCUUAAAAAAAAAUGUUCAUUGAAAUGAUCUGUUCUAAACCCCAUACGAGAUUGUGCUCUAAUAACAAAUCAGCCUGUAUAUUUGCCAAAAGACUUUGCUGCAGAAAUAUCCACAUUGUCUAUUAUGUAUUCAUGGGUCAAAUAAGAUAUCUAUUUCCAUUCAUUAGUUCUCACUACAACGAACUUAGACUUAUUUAUUGUUGCUAUGGUCACUUAUCUACUGUAUAAUCAAGUAUUAAUAAUAAUAUUUAAAAUAUCGUAGUAAACAUCACAUUAUAUCAAAACUUAAAGCAUUCUUUAAUAAAGG